AUGCCCAAAGCCGCCACCGACAAGAAGGAAGUCAAGAAGGCCGCCCCCAAGCAGAAGCGCGAGAAGAAGGACCCCAACAAGCCCAAGAGAGCCCUCUCCGCCUACAUGUUCUUCGUCCAAGACUACCGAGAGCGCAUCAAGACCGAAAACCCCGACGCCACUUUUGGUGAUGUCGGCAAGCUUUUGGGUCUCAAGUGGAAGGAAAUGAGCGCUAGCGAGAAGGAGCCCUACAACAAGAAGGCCGACGCCGACAAGGUUCGUGCCGAAAAGGACAGCGCCGCGUACAAGGCCGACAACCCUCCCGAGAAGAAGUCCAAGAAGGCUGCUCCUAAGCAGUAA